AUGGGAUUUCAUGUGUGGCUUGUUUGCAAAACAUUAGCAGUCUUGGACGAUGUCAGCACUAUUAUCGUAUUAAAACAUGACAAACGUUUUAUCAAACCUUUGCCCGAUAAAACGAUAUAUAUUCUUAAUUGGGACAAGAAUUUUGAUACACAAAAGAAUUUAUUCGAUCGUUGCUCUGUAAGAAAUUGUAUGAUAACUAAAGAUAGACAUUAUUUCGGUGAAGAUUACUCAAAUUUUGAUGCGCUACUGUUCACUGAAUCGUUCUUAGGUUCAAGUUACAAACCACAAAACGGAUCAAGAGCUCUACGUAUCUUUGUAUCGACCUUACCACCGCAUAAUAAAAUCACGUGUGAUAAAUACUAUGAUAACUUUUUCAAUAUGACAUUUACGUAUCGCCUCAACUCCGACAUAGUAUUGAAAUAUUUUGUGGUACGAAAUUUUACUGGACAUAUUGUAGCUCCAAACCUCGCACCUGUAUGGAAUGUGAGUCCGAACUCUGUUAAUACCGAUAUACAGUCAAUUAUGCGACGCAAAGUGAGAGCAGUCGUUUACAUGAACUGUAAUAGUAAUUACGACAGUUGGAAAAGGACGUACCUCACUAAACUAGAAAACAACCUUUCACGGUAUUCCCUGAAAAUUGAUACGUACAAUUGCUCAGGAUGUGGGUAUGGUGAUUGUAAUAGUAUAUUCAGAGAUUAUUACUUUUACAUAAUAUUUGAAAACUAUUUCGCUGAGGACUAUAUGACAAAGAAAUUAUUAUAUGCUUAUGAUAAUUACGUGGUUCCAAUAAUUUAUGGUGGUGCUAAUUAUAGCAGAUUUCUACCACCGCAUUCUUAUAUCGACGCUUACGAAACAAAGCCCAGUGAUAUCGCAGCAGAAAUCCAAAGGUCACUGUACAGCUUCACGGAUUAUGAAAAAUAUUUCAAAUGGAGGAACGUAUAUACAAUUGAAAAUCACCAUCCGUUUUGCGAUCUCUGCGAUGUUUUAAAUCGAAGGAAAUCAAGGACCACGCCAGCAAAGAAAGACUUCAGGGAGUGGUGGAACGGUAAAGAUGGUAUGAAGCUAUGUUCUUUACAGCAAUUUAAAAAUGAGAGUCAAACUGAUUUAAAGCUAACCAGCUAG